AUGAGUGUGAAUAAUAGCACAGAAGUUGUAAUAAACAAAGACAAGGAAAAUGAUACAUCAAAUUGCAAACCUACUAAUGAUAUAAAUUUAUUUUCUGAUAAUUUGAACAGAGAUAUGAAAGGUGUAUUUAAUGAUAGUACGAAGGAAACAAAUUUGCAUGAACAGGACAGGAAUAAUUGUAACAUUGAUAAUUUUUUUAACGACUUCAAUGAAAUAUAUUUAAAUACGUUUAGCAAUAAUUUUAGUAAACCACUUGAAGCUGAAAAAAUAAUGAAUCAUGAAAAUAAAUAUCUUGAUAAUGCCCAAGAAAAAGUUAUUAAUAAUGAUGACAAAAAGGAAGAAAAAUUAUUAUUAAAUAUAGCUGAUAAUGUAACCUGUUCAGAAAUAAAAAUGAAUGAUUUAGCUAGUUCUGAAAAAAAAAAUAUAUUAGAAGAUAUAAAUAAAAAUGAUGAAGAAAAUGAAAAGACAGAAAAACCAAAACUAGUUUCUAAAUAUUUAGAAGAAUUAAAUUACAAUAAUAAAAAAAGUCACCCACCUAUUUUUAGUGAAGCAUCAAGUUUAAUAGAUAUAUCCUCAAUAUUUGAAGAGACAAAACAAAGUGUAUAUUCAAAAUUAAAUUAUGAUUUUAGUAGUAUCACAAAUUUAGGAUUAAAUAAGUUUAUGAUGAAUGAAAUGGAGAAUGACAAGAAUAAAAAAAUAGAAGAUAAUAAUAUAUGUGAUAAAGAAGAGACUGAUCAUAAAUUAUUAAAUGAAGAAACAAUGAAUGGUUCUAGUAUUCAAAAAAAAAGUGAAUGUUCGGAUUUGACUAAUAGUAGUGAAAAUGAAUCAGAUGGAAUAGAUAAACUUUUUAACCGACACAAAAUUGAAGUUUCUAAUUUAUCGAAAUAUUUUGAUUUCCAUAAAAAUGAAAUAAAAGGAAAUAUAGAGACAUUAAAAAGUGAUGAAACAGUUCAAAAUGAUACUUGUAACGAUUUAUAUACCAACUUAGAAAAUGAUGAAAUAUAUGAGUAUGGAUUUGAUUCUUCAAAUAAUUCAACUGAAAGUAUUGAUGAAAAAAAAAUGUAUAUUGAAAAAAGAGAAGAUAAUGAAAGUAAAAAAGUAGAUACAAAUACCAUAUUAACAUUGGAUAACUUAGAAAAAAUUAAUAAAAAUUAUGACACUUUAAAGAAAAGCAAAUCAGAUAGUAUGUUUGCUGAAGAAGAGUCUCUAAAUUUGGAAACAAACGACACGAAUUAUAUAACUAAAGAAGUUUUAAAUGAUAUAUUAAAUAUUAAGGAUGAACAAAUAACAUUUGAAAAAUUUAAAAAUUAUUUCACAAGUUUAAAUUAUCAAGUAAGUACAGACAAUUUAAUAUUACUAUUUAAUGCUAUAGUAGAACACAAAAAAUGUAACAUGAAAGAUGAAGAAGUAGAAAAUAUUGAAAAUAAUCAAGAAGAAAUACAUAUCAAAAUAGAUGACAUAAAAUCGUAUGUUGUUGAAAGAAAUUCUAAAAAUAAUAACUACUUUAAUGAAAUCCUAAAAAUGAUUGUCCAUUUUAAUAACAUAUUAUUAUUAAUGGCAAAUAGUAGUGCUAUCAAAAAGGAAGAUAAAAUAUUAUUUGAAUUGCUAAUUUUCAAAUUUUCAUCAAGUUUUAAUGAAAUAAUAGAAACCCCAAAUGAUGUAGACAAUUUAAUUAAGCAUCUAAACGAAAUAAUUAAACUUAUAUUAUCUGAUGAAUCAAAAAAUAAAAAUUUAAAAAAUAUUAUACUAACCUAUUUAAAAACGAACAAAAUUUCUCUUAAAAAUAAUCAAGUAUUAUCACAACUUAAUAAAUCAUCUGAAAAUGUUUUCGAAAAAUCUGAGAAAAUUAAAUUUGCUGACAAUGCAAAAGUUACAGAACAUGAUUCAGAAAAAGGUAUGACUCUAUUAUCAAGUAAUGAAAGUAGCAAUAGAAAAGAAGAAGGUUGUCAAGAUGAACUCACCAACAAGAACUCUUCAAUUAAAAUGAAAACAGAAAUAACAAAAAAUAUAAAUACACCAUUAAAUGAUGCAGAAAAUAAUACUAGAAAUUUAACUAAAGAUAUUAUAAUAAGCGAAAUAAAUAAUACAAACAAAUCUUUGAAAAAUACAAAAAAAAAUGACACACUUUUAGACAAAAUGGAUGGAUCAAGCUUGAGAAGUAACGAGGGUAGUGAACACACAGAACGUACUGAUGAACUAUUUGAAGAAGGGGAUAGUAUAAAUGAAAACGUAGACGAUAUUACACAAGAAAGAAACAUAAUUAAUGUUGGACAGAUUAAAGAUGAUGGAAAAAUGACAAAUCUUAAUGAAAAUCCAUGUAAUAAAAACAAAAAAAUGAAAAAGAAUUCUAAAAAAAAUAUAAAAUGUAAAAAUGUGGUAAACAAUAGUAAUAGCAAAAUCGAUGAGAUUAAUUCUAAUAGUACAAAUGGAAAUAUAAAAAAGAAAAUAAAAUUAGAAAACAAAAAUAAAGUUGAAGAUAAUGAAGAAAAACUAGACAAAGUUGAAAAACUUGGUGAACAAAUUAAGAAUAUAAAUGAAGUUUGUAAAAAAAUAAAAGAAGGAAAUACAAAUUAUGUAGAUGCAAAAAAUAAUUAUAUGAGAAAUUAUACAAAUGAUAUUAAUAUGAAAAAUGUUCAAAAUUAUAUGAAAAGAUUUAGUUCAAUGAACAAUACAAAUAAUAUACCUUCAUAUAUUAUUAUGAACAAAAAUAAUAGAUAUAUUAAUUCAAAUAAUGGAAUAUAUAAAAAAAAUAAUUUUUUAUUUCCAAGUAUGGGAAAUAUAAAUGAAUAUAAUACACAAAAUGUAAAAUUAACAAAUUCUACAUAUAUUAAUGAAAAUAAAACAUUGGAAAAACUUGAAUUAUUUAAUCCUUAUAUUUUUAAAGACAAUUGUCAAAAUAAUUUCAUAAAAAAAAAUGCAACUAAUGAAAAUAGUGAUAAUAGAAUCAAUUCGAAUCAAUAUCUAUGGAAUGAGAAAUUAAGAACCCAAUCUAACAUAAAGCAUAAUCCAAAUAACUACAUAAUGCAUACUAAAAAAUGUAUAAAUAAUAAUACGGCACAUUAUAAAGAAAAUCCAUGUUUACAUUUUCCUUCACAUUUAAAUUCGACAAUAGACAAUUCAUAUGUUAGCAAACUAAAUGAGGAUUAUAUAUUUGCAUCUAAUGUGGGUCCAUAUAAAAAUGCAAUUCUUGCAAAAGAAUCAAAUAUAAAUAUCAACACUAUCAAUAAGGUGAGAAGUACUAUCAGUAUAAAUAACGCCAUUAAUGGAAUAAACAUAGCUAAUGAUCGUAUGUGUGAAAAGAACAAAAUGAUACUAAAAAAAGAUGGUUCUGUAGCUAGUACAUCUAAAUCAGAUGUGAACAAAAAUAUUAUUGGAAAUAUAUGCGAAAAUAAUAUUAACAUAAAUAAUGAACAAUAUAAAAUUAAAAGUAUAUCAAAUUUAAAUCAAUUUAAGAAUAAACUAGUUGAUGAAAAAAACAAACGAUAUAGUAUCAGCUAUGGCAGAAUACCUAACAAUAAUGUAUACAUAGGCUUCCGAAGAAAUAUAAAUAAUUCUUCCAGUAAAAAUAAUUCAAAUAUUAAUGGAAGGGGAAACAAAUCACAAAGUAGAUAUUUAAGUUCAAAAAGUGAUGCACAUGCUAUUAUUAAUUCACCUACUAAUCUAACUAGCGAAAAGAAAGACAAUGAGUUUACUAAACAAAAUUUAUCAAAAUUUGAAAACGGAUUGUUUAAGCUAAAAACUUUUGCAAAUAUUUUAACAGAAACUAAUGAAUCUAAAGUAGGUAAAAAGAAUGAAAAAGAAUCUAAGAAUGUAUAUCAUAGAUUUACGGAAAUACUUACCAAUGGAAUAAAACGAUUUACAUUAGGAGGUACCAGAUCAACAAACUCAAAUAUUACUGAUGAAAAAGAAAACAAAGAUUCUAAAAAUGAUGAUACAAAUAAUAAUGAAGAAUGUGAACAAAAAGAAUUAAACACAGAAAAAGACAAUAAUAAUACAAAUAUUGUAAUAGAUCAAGCUGUAAAAAAUGAAAACAACAAAAUAGAUGAAUCACAAUGUGCUAAUAAAUCAAGCAAUGAAAAUGACAAAAUUAGUAAUGCAUCUUGUAAUUCUAAGGAAAAUAAUUUAAACGAUACUAAUACAAAACAAAUUAACAACAUUUCAAAUAAUAUAGAUGAAAUAAAAAAACAAACAAAUAAUAUUACUAAUUACAGAAACAGUAAUGUACAUCCUAUGAAUAAUAAUUUAGUUAAUGCUAAAAAUGUGAACAAAUUAAAUAACGAUCAAGCUAUUGUCAAUGGAGUUUGUGAUACAAAUGCUAGUUACAAAAACUAUUCUAGUAACAAUAACAUAAUAAACAAUAAUAAUAAUACAUUACAUACAUAUAAAAUGCAUGUUGAUAGUCCCGAUAUGAAAUAUAAAAAAGGAUAUCAUUCGAAUGUAUUUAAUAGAGGAAGUCAAGGAUUAUUAAAUAUUAAAAAAACAUGUUCUAAUUAUGUAAAUCAUAAUAGAAUCAGUGCACCUAGAUAUGAAUCUGCAUCUAACAUGGGAAUGAGAUCAGGAUCUGGGGCUGACCGUUUUAUUCAUUUUCAUAAAAGAAAUAGCACAUUAAAUGGAGCAAUGCCCUUUCCUAAUUUUCAUGAGCAUAAUAAAAAUAUAAUAAACAAUAUAAAGACAAAAGGAAGUCCAAAUGAAUUUACCAAAGCAUUUAUGAAAAAAGAAAGUAAAAUAGAUAUUAUGAAUAAUAGUAGAAUAAUAAAUAUGGGUAAUAAUAUAAAUGAAGAUAUAGGAAAAUAUAUAUAUGACAAGGAACAUUUAUUUUUGAAACCAUUUACAGGAUUUGAAAAUAUAAAGAGUGAAACAAACUUAUUUAUGCAAGUAAGCAAUGACAAGUUUAUGACAAAAGGAAAUCAAAUAAGUUGUAAUACUAACAAUAAUGACAUAAAUAAAAAUUUGAAGGAACAAAUGUUGGAGAAACAGACAAAUAAUGUCAUUUCUUCUAGUACCCUUAAAAUGAAUAAUAAUAAAGAAAAUGAAAAUAGAAAUUGCGUUUUAAAGACACAAGGGGCUUGUCAAAAUGAUAUGACAAAGACUGAAUUGCAAAAUAAUUAUUUAAAAAAUUAUGAACAAAAUGUACAAACCAAUUUAAAUGAAUAUAAUAAUACAAAAACAAAUUCAAAUCAUAGUACAAAAGAAACAAAAUUUAUAUAUAAAGAUGAUACAAAAUAUAAUAUGCCAACAACAUUUUUAAAAGAAUUUCAAAAAAAUACUUCAAACAAUAAAAAAUAUAUAGAAACAAUUGAUGAAAAUAAUUUAACAAUAGAUCAGAUUAUGAAAAUACCUGGAGUUAAAUUAGGAAAAAAUUAUAUACAAGAUAUAAAUGUAUGUUCUGAUUGGUCGAAGUUUAAUGAUUAUGAUCAAAAUGUAAUUAAGCAAUCUAUACAAAAUAGUUUUGAUAAUAACAAUUACAAUCAUUUUAUGGACUUUACCCAAUUUACUAAUACAUUUUUUUCCACUGAAAAAUAG